UGCCUUGCUAGCUGAAGCUAUCCAACCUAGUGGAAGGAUGGUAUCAAGGAAGGUGAUGUCAAUAGAACGGUUCGUGCCAGGUGCCCGGCAACCCAAUCAGCCCCCGCCUUCCCAGGGCCGGGGUCAAGUGCCUCAGCCCCCACCCUCCUCGCAGGCCGGACGUGCCCGAAAGAAACAAAAAGUUACCGAUCAACCUUCCACGGGCCCGGGAGAUGCCACUGUCCAGACUCCUCCCCGACCAACGGGUGGAAUCGUUAUCCACGAGCCGCCAACCGAAGCUGGCACGGGGGGCGCGUCCUCCUCCCAAGUGGCUCCAGCGUGGAAGCCAAAGUUCCUUUUGGACGGCAAGCCAUUGCCCUCAACCGCCUGUGUUCGGAUGUGGGAGAAGGGCGAGGGCGGCCGUAUUGCCCAAACUUUGGCCGAAGCUCUCCUACUUCCCGAGGACGUGCAUGCUUUUGAGGAGGGGUCCGAGGAGUCUGUGGGGCGCCGGUUAGAGUGGCACGCCAUUGCGGCCGCUCAAAUGGCUCACAUUGUGGCUGCCCGGGCACGGGAGCUUGCCGAGGAAAACGAGCGCGAGAAGGGGGCGCGGGAGUCAGCAGUUAAAACGGCUAAGGAAAAGCUGAAAGCUGCUGAGUUUGCUGAGAAGAAGGCUGCUGCUACAGAGAAGAACCGGGCAUUGGCCGAAAAGAGGUAUGCGGAGCUCCUGACCAAGCAGAAUGAGACGGAAGUCAAAUUAGCCGAAGCCAUCAGCCUUAACACUUCCAACGUCGAUGAGAUAGCCGAUCUCAGGGCAGGCUUAGCGGCCGCGGAACAAAAGUGGUAUGACGACGCCCCGGCUGCUAUCGACGAGGAGGAGACGGCCAGUAUGAGGGAGCUGGUUGAGCAAAUCGAUUCUCACGCCGAGCCCGAGGAAAUGGAGGCCACUAGCAUCCCGAUUGUGCAAGAGCUUCUCGGUGAGGACCCGCCUUUCCCUCUGACCGUCCAGCAGGAAGUGACACCGCCGACCCAACCUCCCAGCUGA